AUGGAGGAAGGUAGUCUUUGGCAUCAAUGGAGCAUGAUCAGAUCUCUGUUAGCCAUUCUUCAAUGGUGGGGUUUCAACGUUACAGUUAUCAUCAUGAACAAAUGGAUCUUCCAGAAACUGGAUUUCAAGUUCCCUCUGUCGGUUUCAUGCGUUCAUUUCAUAUGUUCAUCGAUCGGAGCAUACAUUGUAAUCAAAGUCCUGAAGAUUAAACCAUUGAUCGUUGUUGAUCCAGAAGAUCGAUGGAAGAGGAUCUUCCCAAUGUCAUUCGUCUUCUGUAUCAACAUUGUGUUAGGAAACAUCAGUCUUAGAUACAUCCCUGUCUCUUUUAUGCAGACAAUCAAAUCCUUCACUCCAGCAACAACAGUUGUGUUACAGUGGUUGGUAUGGAGGAAAUAUUUCAAUUGGCGUAUUUGGGCGUCGUUGGUUCCAAUUGUAGGAGGGAUUUUUCUGACUUCUAUUACAGAACUUAGCUUUAACGUGUUUGGUUUCUGUGCUGCUCUGUUUGGUUGUUUAGCUACCUCUACUAAGACCAUUCUUGCUGAAUCUCUUCUUCACGGUUACAAAUUUGAUAGCAUCAACACGGUGUACUAUAUGGCUCCUUUUGCGACAAUGAUUCUUGGAGUACCGGCGUUUUUACUCGAAGGCAACGGGAUAUUGGAUUGGUUUGAAGCACACUCUUCUCCAUGGUCGGCUCUCAUCAUGAUUUUAAGCUCAGGUGUUGUUGCUUUCUGUCUUAACUUCUCCAUCUUCUAUGUCAUUCACUCCACAACAGCAGUUACAUUCAAUGUAGCUGGAAACCUUAAGGUUGCAGUGGCUGUUCUGGUUUCAUGGAUGAUAUUCCGAAACCCGAUAUCACCGAUGAAUGGUGUUGGAUGUGGAAUCACACUCGUGGGAUGCACGUUUUAUGGAUAUGUAAGUCACAUGCUGUCUCAGCAACAACCUGGAACUCCUAGGACUCCUUGUACACCAAGGAACAAGAUGGAACUCCUGAUCCCUCUUGUUAAUGAUAAAGUCGAGGGUAAAGUUUGAACAUGCAACGUGUGUA